UAGAAGUGAUGUGAUACAAAAUGAUCUUUCGACAAUAGUUUACCGGUUUUGCUUGAAACUGAAUUUAUUCUUUAUUCAAUUGGUGCACUUGCAUUUUGGAGAAAAAUUUGAGCACGUCUUGGAAGGGAGCAAGAUGAAAUUCGUCACGUGUAUUUCUUUAUUGUGUACUUACUUUUUAUUAAUAACAGGGAGAAAAAUAAAGCAUAAACACAGAGAUUAUCAUGCAAAAAACCAUCGAGCAAGAUAUGAAAAUCAAGUUCGUCGUGGGAAACAUCAUGACGUCGAGGAAAACACAGAAUGGCAUAAGUUUGGAGUUGAUGUUUCACAAAUCUACAUAAAACCUGGAGAUUGUAUCAACCGCUAUCCUUUUUACUGUCAUCAAAUGGAAAGGCAAGGCUGGUGCAGUUUACAUUUCUACGACAUGCAGAACAAUUGUCCACUGGUAUGUCGCUUUUGUGGAAAAGACGAUGACAAGAAGCCAAAAUGCAAAGACGAAAAAUGGCAGUGCGCCGCUUGGGCCAGUCAAGGAGACUGUCUACGUUUCCCACAGUUCAUGUCGAAAUUCUGCAAACGCAGCUGCCUAAUGUGUGAUGAAGAUACUUUGUGUCCCACUUGGGCUAGUGUCGGUUAUUGUAAAACUGAGGAAGAAGUGAGAAAACAAUGCGAACACAGUUGUCACGUUCACAAAGACACCAAACCACAAAACGGACUUUACCCGGAUUACAAGGAUGCGUUCUACUAUUAUCCAUUCUACGUCUACUAUCCCUACACAACACUCAAAGAAGUGACACCCACCAUAGGACCAACAGAGGAGCCACCAAUAGACAAACCGGUAGUACCAACGCUACCACCAAAAGUUUCCACAUUACCACCAACCCCAAAAUUGACUACACCAGAACCAGGUGAAACCUUACCGGAUUUUGAACCAACAGAUAGCAAGGGCACCACAGAGCCCGAAACAGGAUCUCCACAACCAGAGAACCAACCUCAGCCUACAAUGGAGCCCCCAACUGAGCCUCCAACUGAGCCUCCAACUGAGCCUCCAACUGAGCCCCCAAUGGAGCCUCCAACUGAGCCCCUAAUGGAGCCUCCAACUGAGCCCACAAUGGAGCCUCCAACUCCACCUGAAUCUGUAUCCCAACCCCAGCAACCCGGGGCCCCUCCUGAAUCUGGAAACCCACAACAACCAUCACAGACAGUGCCUCCGGGGUCAACAACAGAAUAUCCGCACCAGAUUAUCAUGCAAAACCAUCGAGCAAGAUAUGAAAAUCAAGUUCGUCGUGGGAAACAUCAUGACGUCGAGGAAAACACAGAAUGGCAUAAGUUUGGAGUUGAUGUUUCACAAAUCUACAUAAAACCUGGAGAUUGUAUCAACCGCUAUCCUUUUUACUGUCAUCAAAUGGAAAGGCAAGGCUGGUGCAGUUUACAUUUCUACGACAUGCAGAACAAUUGUCCACUGGUAUGUCGCUUUUGUGGAAAAGACGAUGACAAGAAGCCAAAAUGCAAAGACGAAAAAUGGCAGUGCGCCGCUUGGGCCAGUCAAGGAGACUGUCUACGUUUCCCACAGUUCAUGUCGAAAUUCUGCAAACGCAGCUGCCUAAUGUGUGAUGAAGAUGACGAAAAAAUUAUUUGAUGAAGAUACUUUGUGUCCCACUUGGGCUAGUGUCGGUUAUUGUAAAACUGAGGAAGAAGU